UUUCAGGCAUGAUGAAUCUGUGAAAUGUUGAAAAGUUUGGGGAGCAAAGGAGAUUGAGUUUGCCAGAACUGACGUGAGUGAACCAAGUGAAGCUCUCGCUGUCAAACGAUGUCUCAACUAUCUAACUUCUAUCUCCUUGCUUACAAUUCUCUUCAAUUCAUAGGAUGGGGACUUUCUUUAUUUUGGGUUUUGAGAAGCUUAAUCUCCACCAAGUCCUUCCAUGGAGCAUAUGCUUCCAGUGGAGAUUUCAUCUGUUUUCUGCAAGCUGUUUCAUUCCUGGAAGUUCUACAUGGGGCCAUUGGCCUUGUUCGUAGUGGGGUGCUGUUUCCUCUGAUGCAAUGGGGUGGGAGAACGCAAUUAUUAUUUUUAAUUGUUCGUCAAAUCGUGGAGGUUCAGGAGCUGCCCUCAGUUUUUAUAACUUUUGUGGCAUGGAGUCUAAGUGAGUUAAUCAGAUACUCGCAUUAUGCUUUAAGUAAUCUUGGGAAUUGUCCAUCAUGGCUCACCUAUCUCAGGUACACUGCGUUCAUUGUUUUAUAUCCGAUCGGUGUAGCACCUGGAGAAAUGUGGCUUAUGUAUGCAGCUCUUCCAUUUAUAAAGAAGAAAAACCUCUAUGCAGAUUUCUUUAGUGGAUUGCCUUUCAGCUUUUAUUCUUCUGUCAUGGCUUUGCUUGUAUGCUACCCAUUUAUGUGGUUGAAGCUUUACUUGCACUUGUUUAAGCAACGGAGAUUGAAGCUGCAAAAGCUUCCUGAGAAGAAGAAAGCUUGAAGGUUUGGAUAUAGAUUCUUUCAGUUAUAAAUUCUGAUUAACCUAUGUAAAGAAAAAUCUGAUCAUCUUUGCUUUUGUACGAACAAAUGUAGAUGAAGUAACUUCCAGAGAAAUGGAUCUCUUCAAAUUGAAUA